AUGCAGCGACCCAAAACCGACCAGGAGAUCCGAAAGACCUGGACCCCGUUGCAGCGGCAGUUCGAGGCAUGGUACGAAGCGAACAAAGCGCAAAUCCGUCAAUGCCACAGGCCAGGUGCCGAUUACGAUGCAUUCAACCAGCUCAUCGCCAUGAGUUUCCCAAAGGAAGAAGAUCAAAAGGCCUUCGAAGUCUGGGCCGAAGAGUGGUUGGGCCGCCACGCUGCGAGGAUGACGUACAGGAUGGAACCAGGGGAAUUCCUCACUCAAGUCAGUAGGACCAACUUCACGGACACUAACUCGACUGGCGACCUUUUGCGGACGAUCGCCUUGAACUAUAUGCCUUGGGUCCCUAUUGGAAAGUCCAAGUACGGAGGUGUCGGAACCUUUUAUGCGUUUAAACGCAACACCAAUUUUCUUAAACCUGAUCUUGUUGAGCCUGGUCCAAAUGUCGUUGGUGACUACAUUCUCACCAUGAAUCUCAAGUCCAAGACUCGUGCAGCGUCUGGUCUUGCACCUGCUUCAAGUUCAAGCAACGUGUUCAAUCCUAGCAUCAGGUCAACUUCUGUUAGCGAAGCCCCCUAUGCUCGCGCACGCGCUUCUACUGCUUCUAACCGUUCCCCCACCAAAGAGAAUCCCAACAAAGCUCCUGAUGUGGAUGAAAAUAUUGUAUUCGCUCAGAUCGGAACUCUCUACGUCUAUGGGGGGGGCUACGUUGAUCCUUCCCCAGCCACCAUCCAAACCAUCAACGAAGGUCCCUGGUGGCGAAACGGAUUUUCCGUUGUUGUUCUUCUCAACCAGAAAGGCCAGCCUGGACCAGUCUACGUUGUGUACAAUGAUGCCAGUCCAAAGGAUAUUACAGGCAAAGAUGAAACUGCUGUUGAUCCGGAGGAGAUUCCAGACACGGCAGGAGUCGCGGCUUACCAUCAGCCUGGAAAGCUUCACCCAAUGUGCAACCAGAAAUUUACGGUUGCCAAGAUUGCCGACUCUCUUGGCCGCCUUGGAAACCUUAACAACGUGUUCGUCUUUAAGGAAAUCGCCAAGGAUAAACGCAUGCUUCGUUCCACAAAGAUUGAGACUGACAAGACCACUGGGAAGAAGUUUAUCCCUCAUGCCACCCCUGCCAAGAUCGUUGCAAGUGGCAGUCCUUCUCAAGCACCUUCAGGUGCUAAGUGA